AUGGGUAAAGAUUCUGACACUUUUGCUUCUUACACAUCGCCAAAGAUUCAAAAACAAAUGUUACAGGCAUUUUCAGUAAGAGUAAAGAAGGCCAUUCGGGAAGAAAUUAAUGAUUCAAAAUUUUGCAUAAUUGUUGAAGAAGCUCUUGAUGAGUCAAAGAAAGAGCAAAUGGCUAUAGUAUUGAGAUUUGUUGACAAAGAUGGUUUUAUUCGGGAGCGUUUUUUUGGACUUUGUAAUGAUGAAUUUCAAAAUGCUCAAGCAGAAGAGAUUGCAUAUUUGACUUCAAUUGAUGAACUCGAGACCGGAAGAGGACUUAACCAAAUUGGGACCUUGCAGCGUGCUGGAGAUAUUCAUUGGAGUUCACACUUCAGAUCUAUUUCUAGUUUGAGACAAAGAUUUAGCCCAACUUGUCAGGUUCUUAUGAACAUAAUUGAUGAAGGGAAGAGUCCUGAAGCAGGAGAUGCAGAUUCAGCUUAUGAGUCAAUGACAUCCUAUCAAUUUGUCUUCAUCUUACAUCUCAUGGAAGAAAUUAUGGAGAAUACUAAUGAACUUUGUCUAGCUCUGCAAAGUCAAUCUCAAGACAUUUUGAAUGCCAUGAGUCUUGUUUCCUCUACUAAAGCAUUCAUUCAAAAGUUGAGAGAUGAUGGAUGGGAUACUUUAUUUGCCAAGGUAAAUUCUUUUUGUGAGGCACGUAACAUAGAUAUCCCAGAUAUGAAUGCUCGUUAUGUUGGAAGAGGAGGUCGAGCUCGUCACCAACAAGAUGACUGGACAGUUCAGCAUUAUUACCAGGUAGAUAUAUUUUAUGCUACCAUAGAUUCUCAAUUGCAAGAAUUAAAUAACCGGUUUAAUGAGCAUGCUGUAGAGCUACUUAUUCUUAGUUCAGCUUUGGAUCUUAGUGAAAUAAGCAAGUGUUUCAAGAUUGAUGCCAUAUGUCAGUUGGUAGAAAAAUUCUCUCCACAUGACUUUGCAGAUCAUGAGAAGCUGCAACUCAAGAAACAACUUGAAUUUUUUUGA